AUGCGCAGGAUACUCCUCACGUCGUCGCAAGUCUCUGUGCUGGUCACCAGCCUUGUCGUGAUUUCGUGCACCUUUGCCCUCUUCCUGAGCGGCUAUGUGAUUCAACAACGGACACUACGAGAUCUACGGUCUGCGAUCAAGCCACGAGCACCACGACCAAAGCCACCACAGACCUACCUGCCCGCCAAGUUUCGCAAGAACACGCGCACACUGGAGGAUGGAACGAUAAUAGAAGUGGAGGGCGACGCCGAGGCCAGCGAAAGCCAGCAGAUGCAGCGAGAAGUCAUCGUCGAAGUAGCACCAACAAUGCCAGAACCGGUGGCGCAACAACAGGUGGCAGCACUGCUGCGGCAGCAUGGGGUCGAGAACGCCAACCCGUCCUCAAGUCACCGCCACCACGAUCAAAGUGAGGUGCCCUCCAACAAGCUAGCCAUGCUCGAGGCACUCAAGUCGCAGGCGGCGCAGAAGUCGUGGGCGGUAGACCACCCGGAUCCCAUGGCCAACAGCAAGGUGCCCGUCACCAGGGCGGAGAGGAGACGGCUGAUCAAAGAGGAGAUUCACCGACUGUCGCAGCCAGACGAGCAGGUGUACUACCAAAGGAGGCUGUGGUAG